AUGUUAUCCUCUAACUCAUCAAUGUAUGACAUUCCAAAAGAUAUACCAAGAGAAGCCAUUGAAAAUCCAUCAAAAACAUUUUAUUUUCCAAUUAUUUCAGACACUAAAACAAAUCUGCUUUAUGACAGAAGUUUUCCGAGAAUUCCAGCCGAUAAAGAAAAGGCCGAAGCUGUUAAAGAAGCUUUUAUGCAUGCAUGGACUCCUUAUAGGAAGUAUUGUUGGGGACAAGAUGAAUUUGUUCCUCAUUCAAGAAGUUGCUCCAACACAUUACAUGCAGGACUAACGAUUGUUGAUUCCCUUUCAACAUUAUAUAUUAUGAAUCUAACAGAAGAAUUCAAAGCCGCUCGUGAUUAUAUAGCAAAUGAUUUUAAGCCUUCUGGAUCAUGGUCUUUAUUUGAAUUCCUCAUAAGAUUUGUUGGUGGCUUCGUAUCAACAUAUCAAUUGACUGGCGACGAAAUAUUCUUGAAAAGAGCUGUUGAAUGUGCUGAUGCUGUUUAUCCUCUCAUGGAGGGAGGAAUCUUUGGAGGCGGUAUUGCCUUAUCUUAUUUUGGUGGUAAGCUUACUGCCAGAAGAACUUCAAAUGGUGGCACAAGUCUUGUUGAUACUUCAACAUAUCAAUUAGAGUUCAUUGCUCUAUCAAUGGUAACAGGGGAUCCAAAAUACAUUAAUCUUGCUAUGAAAACAUACAAUAUUAUUUGGCGAAAUACAGCAGGUCAUGGAUUAAUAAGCGACCCAUACUCCUCUGGUGGCCAAUUACACGUUGGAGGAGGUACAGACUCUUACUUCGAGUAUAUUAUCAAGAUCUAUGUAAUGACCCGUGGCUACGCGAAAAUUUUCUUGAAUAAAUAUCUAGAAAUUGCAAGAGAUAUCAAAGAAAAGCUCAUAAUUCAUUCAGGAAAGAGUAAUUAUACAGGCCUUGGUAUUAGUUAUGGAGGAGGCCGAGCAUCUCCGAGACAAGAGCAUCUUGCAACAUUUGCAGGUGGAAUGUUAGCUGUAGGAACGGUAAAAGAUAAUCCAGGUGCAGCGGAAGAUCUAAAACUAGCAGAUGAAUUGGCCACUGGUUACUAUUAUUCAUAUGCAUCAACGCAAACAGGUGUUGGACCAGAAUUCAUGGAUUUCGUUCAAUCUAAAGACCGAGACUUCAGAGCCAGUGAUCCUACUUACAAACUUAGACCAGAAUCUGUCGAAUCUGAAUGUGUAAUGUUCAGAUUCACUGGAUUGCCUAAAUUUAGAGAUUAUUCAUGGAAGAUGUUCCAAGCAAUUAACACGUACGCAAGGAAGGAAAAUGGUUUUGCUUGGAUCCAUAACGUUGAAUCAAAGGAUAAAUACUCAAGUACAGCGCAAGACUCUUAUUUCCUUGCUGAGACUUUGAAAUACCUGUACUUAACCUUCAGUGAUACAAGUUUAAUUUCUCCAGCAGAAUGGGUAUUUAAUACUGAAGGGCAUCCACUCAAAAUAUUCACAGAUGAAGAAGCCAAGAAGUGGGCACCAUUUUUGACUGGUUCUUCAAUCAAAUCAAUUCUUAACUCUUAUAUCAAUCAUUAA